AGGAUCCAAAGAGAAUGAUAGUUUAUUAAAGUAAAGUAUUAUCUCUUACAAUUAUUGUCUAUGUACUCAUCAGCGGUCUUUUAUCUUUGGGUUUUUAAUGUCAAAAAUCGGAAAAUGGCCGCGAAACAAAAUUCUCUUUCUCAAGAAGAGCAAGUAGCUUCAGAUGAUAUUCCAUUGACAUCCUUGGAAGAAAGUCUCUUCAGCUCUGAAAAACUUGAUCGAGCUUCACCAGAGCUAUGGCCAGAACAAAUUCCGGGCGUUUCGGAGUUCGCUCCAAUACCGAACAGCAACCAGUCUCCGCCGUCUUGGAAACGAGGUCUUACCAAAGAGGAUUAUAACUACAUGCAACAAUUGGGAGCGCUCUCUGUAAGUGGACUUAUAAUGGAAGUGAAAAAGCUUCAUGAUCUUGCUUACCAACUAGGACUGGAGGAAGCCAAAGAGAUGACCAGGGGAAAAUACUUGAACAUAUUUUCAUCGAGACGACAACGAUAAAUUAUGUCAUUUGCAAGUGGGAUAAGUAAUAUAAUUACACAUUUUUUUUGUGUAUGUUUAGGCAAUCUUGAGGAUUUAUGAUAGUUUCGUAUUAGGUCAUACUAUAAUUAAUUUAGGGAUUUUAUAGGAUGUGACAGUCUAUCUAAGUCUAUCAUUACAUGAUAGUGUCUCACUUUUUACAGGUUGGGUAAUUGACAUUGGAUUCAUUGUUUUUUUAUGUAAGAGAUUUUGCGUCUUAUUUGUUAUGCAUUAUGAGAGUACUAUUUUAUGAUUAGUCACAUAAGGUCUUAAAAUUUGAAUAUUAUGAUAAUCAAAUAUGUUUAUCCUAAUAAAAAAAACAGCUUACAA